CGACAUCGCCACCGCUUUUGUGUUUUGUGUACCUGUGUUGAGUAACGUGCUAUGAUCAUAACAUGAAGAAGUUUCAAAGCCAUCUUCCAACAGACAGCAUCCUGAAGUCCAAGUACUUGAAGAACUUCGAGCGGAUAUCUUUCAAGCAGAAUGCGGGAGACGCAUCUUCGUCAGAAUCAUCGGACGAAGAAUUUGGAGACGUUGAAGUACAGUUUGUCAUAGACAAGAAGCCACAGACGGAACCAUCUGAAACUACAGACAAGAAACCCCAAGCGCAGAGAGUGAAGCUGUCUUCAGAACUAAAUCCUGGACUCGAGCUGAGAGACUCCUACGUGGUCACACGCCCAGACAGAGACCCAACAGCAGCGUCUCACAAGCUGCGGAACCUGGCCCUCUCGCUAGCCGAGGAUAAUAUUUCAAAACGUAGCGUCAUCGUGCAAGGCUUUGAGAAGCGAUACACUGUGCCGCCAUACACAGAGACUGUGCGACAGCUGAAGGCGGAACGCAAAAAAGAACGUGAAAAGACCAAGGGACCCAACUGGUUUGGACUGGGAGCGCCUGAGAUAACGGACGAACUCAAGAAUGACCUGGAGGUCUUGCGCAUGCGAGCAGUGCUGGACCCAAAGCAGUUCUACAAAAAGAAUGACCUCAAAGUCCUGCCCAAGUACUUCCAGGUUGGCACGGUGAUGGAUAACGCAGCCGACUUCUAUCACGCUCGCGUUCCAAAGAAGGAUCGAAAGCGUACGCUCGUCGAGGAGUUGCUCGCGGAUGCGGAGUUCACAAAGUAUAACAAAAAAAAAUACAGCGAAGCAGCCGCAAGAAAACAAAAGGUGUCACGAAAAGCUGCAAGGCAUAUGAACCGGCUCAAGAAGAGGAAGGUGUAAAUGCAAUAAAUACAUUUAUAUUUUUUGCCA